GUGGUUUCAGUUAGUCUAGACCACAGUCGGACUUAAGACGGUCGUUGGCCACGUCGUGCCUCGGCAUCUCUCCCCACACCAAGCUCAAGAUGGACCGAAAUCCGGGGCAGCCCCCACUUGGCCGGCCACUUGCGCUCCGUCAUAUAAUUACCUACAGACAGCUAUGCACUCCUAAACCGAGAAGGCCAUGGACACUUUCCCAAUCUUAAGACCUCCUUGACGAUUUCAUACUUCUAUUGCCACUGUACUCAUAGACCCUUAGAUCACCCAUCGACACACCCAUUCGCGUUUGAAAAGUGAACAGACACGAAAAUGGCCGAUGAAACUGCCCUCCAUGACUUCCCGUCCCUCUUCUCCCUCAAGGGCAAAGUGGUCGUCGUGACAGGCGGCUCACGAGGCUUGGGAUUAAACGCAGCUUCGGCUUUCCUCCAAGCGGGCGCCUCCCGCGUCUUCAUCACGUCGCGCAAGGCCAAGGCCUGCGAGAGCGCCGUCGCACAGCUCAACGCGCUGCCCAACCUCGCUCCUGGAGCGCGGGCCAUCUCGGCGCCCGCCGACUCGGCGACCAUGUCGGGGAUCGAGUCGCUGGUGUCGCAGGUGCGGCAGCACACGGACCACGUGGACAUACUGUUCGCCAACGCGGGCGCGACCUGGGGCGAGGCCUUCGACACGCACCCGGACGCCGCCUUUGCCAAGGUCAUGGACCUCAACGUCAAGGCCGUGUUCAACACGAUCCGCGAGUUCGCGCCGCUGCUGCAGAAGCGCGCCAGCGUCGAGGACCCCAGCCGCGUCCUCAUCACCGCCUCGGUCGCUGGGCUCGGCGUCGGCACCCUGGGCCGCCAGGCCACCUUUGGCUACAGCGCGAGCAAGGCCGCCGUGCUGCACCUCGGCCGCAACCUCGCCGUCGAGCUGGGGCCCCGCCACAUCACCGUCAACUCCAUCUGCCCCGGCUUCUUCCCCACCAAGAUGAGCUCGGGCCUGCUGGACCUGACGGGCGGGCUGGACAAGCACGCCAAGGGGAACCCGAUGAGGAGGCUGGGCCGCCCGGAGGACAUCGCCGGCGUCGUGGUGUAUCUGAGCUCGAGGGCGGGCAGCCAUGUGAACGGCGCCGAGAUCGAGAUCGAUGGCGGUAGCUUGUGGGCUCGUGGCGGUUUGCUGGAUGCUGCGGAGGAGCCGGAGAAGGCCAAGUUGUGAGCUGGGGGCGAAGAAGAAGAAAAAAAAGAAAAGAAACCCCCCCCAAUGAUAUGAACAGGAGGCUUUCGAGCUGUCUUCACAAAACCGUUCAUCUACGCAUCGGUGCUGAGGUCUGCGCAUGCUUUGCCUACGAAAGGAAAUUGCACGGGAUUUGGCUCUGUGUUCUCUAUCUAGUACUGCUUCGGAUCGCUUGGAUAAGUCAUGGUGUCGUAUUCCCUAAUCAUUACUUCCCGUUCUUAUAUCGGGAUUUGGUGCACAGCAGACCCGGUCAACAGAAGCAAAACACUCAGAAUACGGAUGCAUCGAGACGGGGGCUACUAGACUUUUAGCGUGUUAGAUUCUAGUCCAACCUUUUUACACCCUGUC